AUGGCGCACGGGCAGGACUCGUCGACUCAGGCCGCCGGCAGCGGACCUGCUCAGUGCACGACCGGCUGCGGUUUUUUCGGCAGCCCGGCGACCAAGAACAUGUGCUCCCAGUGCUACCUGAUCCACCUCAAGACCGUCAAAGUGGCAGCAGCCCCCGUCGUCGAUGAGAAGACCAAGAUCAAGACCGACGAGGCCAACCUCGCGUUAAAGACGCCAGCUAACGUGCAUGGCUCUGCUGCCGACGCUGCUGCCGCCGAGGCUCCGGCGGCCGAGGCGCCGGCGAAGAAGGCGGCGCCAACCAGGUGUAUGUCAUGCAAUAAGAAGGUCCGGCUGCUGGGGUUCGCCUGCCGCUGUGGUGGCACGUUCUGCUCGAUGCACCGCUACGCGGACGGGCAUGCGUGCAGCUUCGACUACAAGAAGGCCGACCGGGAGAAGAUCGCCCAGCAGAACCCUCUGGUUGUGGCGUCCAAGCUCGACAAGAUUUGA